GACGGACACUCAUUGGCUAAUUCCUGCAUUCAAGCACCCUCUCUAUCCCCUCUUUACGUUGGUGCCUGCAGGACGAUAAUGAGAUGGGUUCGGGCAAAACAGUGCACCAGGGAGAUCGUCCCAGAAAACCCGUUUACUCCCGAGCCUUCAGCCACAAGGUCCGCACAGGAUGUCUGACCUGCAGGAUGCGCCACAAGAAGUGCGACGAAAGGAGACCGACCUGUCACCGGUGCCAAGCAGAUAAGGUCGUCUGUGAUGGCUAUCCGCAUGUUCCCGCUCAAUCUACUCCGUACAGUGUCCCAUCCACAUACAUCGGGGCCAGUCUAGACGACCCGAUCUACCGCUCGGCUUCCGAGGCCCAAUUCUUCCACCAUUUCCGAACUUGCACCUGUGCAGAAUUGGCAGAAGCUCCAGGCGACAGGAUUUUCUGGACACACUUCGCGUUGCCCUUGGCUCACUCCAAUGAUGCCGUGGCGAAAUCCAUCGCGGCUGUCGGAGCAGUCCACCGGAGAUUUAUCACCCGUGAACUCGAGGGCACAUCGCCACUGGACCGUGCAGCUCUGAGGCUGUACAAUGACGCCAUAAGUUCCAUCACUACUAAUAAUUCUUUAACGCCCGAGAGUAUUAUGGUAUGCUGUCUAUUGUUUAUCUGCUACGAGAGCAUGACCGGUCGAUAUGCCGAAUCAAUCCGACACCUGAAAGCCGGCUUGAAGCUCCUCGCAACUAGCGACAUCCGCGCAGGCAUCUAUGAUUCUAACUUUGCAAGGGAGCUUCUGAAUGUCUUCGCCCGUGUCAGUGUGGAGGUGUCGGUGUUUAUGGAAGACCAGCCCCUCCCACUAGGGGAUUCUUUCAAUUGGGCUGUUUUCGCUUAUGAUCAAUCACGCCCAUUCCGGGACUUGGCUGAGGCAGAACAGGCAAUGAGAAAGGUUGAUAUCGACUCAAUGCAGGAUAUUAAAUUGCUUCUAACACUGGAAUUCACACAAACUGAAACUAGGUUGCCACAUCACGAGGAAUCUAAAAAUAUGGCAUUGAGUGCUCUUAGGAGUCGUCUUCAGCAUUGGAAUGCCCAAUUCGACCCGUUAGCUAAGGCUCUGAGCCAUUCCCUUUUACAAGCGGAGGAUUCAACUCGCCUAACGCAUCUACGACUCCACCAAAAUCAAUUGCUUAUUGUUCUCGGCGUUCAAUUACAAGAUCAGCCGUUCGUGGACAAAGCCUGCGCAACAUAUUUGAGUUCAGUCGAAGUGAUAGCCCAAUCGAUCAUCUCACGGCAAAGAAGAACAUUCUCCAUAGACGGUGUCCUCGUUUCAGGAAUAUCGCUCGUUGUGUCAGCUUCAUCUUGCCUUGAUAUUCAGAGACAUGCGUGUCUUCUUCUACAAUCUCUAAACAGACGCGAAGGUCUAUGGGACAGUCGCGAAAUCUUGGAAUUACAUCAGGCUACGCUGUCACAAAGUGAUCCCCGCAGCUGGUACACCCUACCUGUGUCAGGUGGUAUUCCAGCCUACAUGAAGAGUCUGUCUUUGUUUUCCAGUAUUAUAACCCCGGACAAUGCUCUCUUACACGCAGAUCCCAAUUACGCUCAUGAUUAUUUCGCGCAACUUGGUGGGGGCAUGAUUUAUACAGACGAUGAACUAGGUCUAAGAAAUGAUCAUGCCUUAAACUCUAAUCUCAUGUCGAUGAUAGACAGCUUGUCAUAG